AUGCAACGUGGACACACUCACCACGGUUCCCUUUCUCACGCCCGGCUUCUUGACAUCUGCGAUUGCAUAUUUUGUUGUAGAAUAUAUCCCGCCAUGUGGCUUUUAAAUACUGAUUCGCUUGCCCUACAAGAAUUCUUCCAUGCCAGACCGGGCUACGCUAUCCUGUCUCAUACAUGGGGAGAUGAAGAGGUGACUUAUCAAGACAUACUCGGCGACAAGUCGUCCUUGAAAGACAAAGCAGGCUACAAGAAAAUAAGAGAAUGCUGCGCACUGGCACGCGAGAAUGGCUUCCAGUGGGUAUGGAUCGACACCUGCUGCAUUAACAAGUCUUCCAGCGCGGAACUCUCUGAAGCCAUCAACUCAAUGUUCCAAUGGUACCGAGAGGCUCGUGUCUGCUACGCAUACCUCAUAGACGUUCCGAGUUUACAUUAUGCGGCUUUCUUGGCAUACAAAAACUUGAUUAACACACCAGAUGAUCAGGUCGAUGUUUUCAAAGAAGAGAAGGCAAUAUUUAUGAAGAGUCGCUGGUUUACCCGUGGCUGGACUCUUCAGGAACUUCUCGCCCCUCGCCAGGUCCUUUUUUACGCUUCUGACUGGUCUUACAUUGGGACGAAAGACGACCUCUCAGGCCUAAUUGAAGAGCAAACUGGAAUCAGCGACCUGGCGUUGGGGAGUGAUUCAUUACAAGGUUUCCCGGUCAGAACAAAAAUGCAGUGGGCUGCUGGGAGACAAACAACCCGUGUCGAGGACCUCGCAUACUGCCUACUCGGCAUAUUCGACAUUAAUAUGCCGUUGCUAUACGGUGAAGGCAAUCGCGCGUUCAGACGCCUCCAAGAAGAAAUACUGAAAGCCGCGGAGGACUACAGCCUUCUGGCGUGGGCCUCAUCUCGAGGUUCCUCGGGUGUGGCUGGAAUUGGGUCAGCUCUCGCGGCAGAACCGAACGACUUUGCUGCGCUAGCGCUGAACGGCGGCAUUACUAUCCAACCUAGCACGCCAGAAUCAAGAGACAUGUAUGUGCAUAAUGCUGAGAUUUACAUACCCAAAAAGUACUCUUGGAAAAAGGAACAUAUACUAGACAACAUGACUAUGGACAGCGAGCACUUUCUUCUCCGUAAGCAACGGAGGAAAGGGGUGGUGUUUCAACCGCCCACGAUGUCUGCAAGGGGGAUUCUCAUCACGCUGUUAACUAACACGCCGCUUGGGGAAGCCCCCUUGCAGUAUAAUUGGCUCGCCUGGACGCUUCUCAAUAUUGAUAUCGAGGGACAGAGCUAUGCCGUCUGUAUCGCCCUGCGUGAGGAAGGGAAACCGAUCGGCGUGGGAAUCAAAGCAGCCAGACAGCGGUCAAAAAGCCUCCACUUGGUACCUCAGGAAAUGUUGAGGACUUUCCGGCCCAUGACAUUAUAUCUCCGUGUGGCCGAGUCGCCAACAAACCAGCACUGGAAGAUCGUGGAUAACGUGCCUAUUCCAAUGGAAACCGAGAAAACAGGACUUUUCCUUAGCGAGAGAAACAACGUUGCGGCAAGGAUUACAGAAACGUUUCCUCGGUUGAUGUUAGAACGAGUGGGCGGGUUAUAUAACGUUGGAAGUGCCGGGUUCAUGCAAGCGGCCGCUACGAUAUUGAACUUCGAUCCUGUCUGGGCUUUCGUCAUUUGCCUAGAGGAUGGAGAGUCCCGGCUCGUUGUCUUGCUAGGUAGAAUGCAGAACACGACAUCAGCCGCAGGGGUGUUAUGGCACUGCGAUGUGCUGCCAUUUCCUGGAGAGAAGACUCCGCGGACCAUUACGGAUAUCCUACUAAGCCAGGACCGUCACCCAACAGAUCUGCUGCGUGGACCGGAUGCGUUCCAUCGUUUCUCGUGGGGAGAGGUUGGGGCGGUUGUUAAACUGGACAAAGGAAGGGUUCAUCAUUUAGUAGAAGUCACAAUCCAGCAUCGGGGCGUCGAUGCUGUUACUAGCCUGACGAAAGAUGACCAUGAACAGGAGGUUUACCCUGGAAAUGAUAGUAUUCCUACAAUCGAGAUAGAUUUAGCACCAGUUAAAUCUACUUGA